AUGGACAAGUUUCGUGCUUCCGUCGACAAUCUGUUGUCCCUUCUGUGGGCUCCGGAUGUUGCAACCGCGGCCGCUGGUCCCGGCGAUGAAUUCUGGGAUCUGCUGCGGACCAUCGAAGGCCAUGCCGCCGCCCGCCUGCUGUACGGCAAAGGCCUUGACCAACCUCUCGCCGAUCGCGAGCUAGGUUUGGAUGGCAAGUCGCUCGCUAUUGCCGCAGUUGUUUGUAGCAGGCGAAACGUCCUCGCUAGUGCAAUGAACACCAUACGGGCGCUCUGUGAAGGAGCAGAGGAGAUAGCAGAAUGGUCCAAGUGGCCCGACGACCCGUUGCUGCAAACACGUGCCCGGGAGUGCCAACCGCCGGCUACCGCGCCGGCUGUUGACGCUUCUAACACCGGGUCGCCGACCCCCGGGUCAUCGACCAGCGCUACCUCGGCAGAUACUCGAUCUAGAGUCAAGAAGUUACGCCUUCUAGUCCAAAGCCACGGCGAGCCUGCCACCCCUACCACCUCCGGUGACGUUACAAAAGAGCGGUUCGAAACGGCGCAGGCCGCCUCUCCAGCUGACGCCACGCCGAAAGCAGUGCUACCUUUGGACACGGGAGGCCCGCUGAGGGCCACGCUCACAGGUCCCGAAGCCUCGGAGCCGAAGCGUGGCGCAUCGGACUAUCCACCCGAACCGGAGUGCACCGCACAUUCUGCUCGGGCUGGGACACCAGCGGCUCGUACUUUGGGCAUCAGGGGGAUCCCGCCGAGCGAACCCGACUCUGUCCUUCGGCCGGCCCCGAAUCCCGCCCCCUCCUCGCAAGCAGGGUCAUCUGGACAGGCGGACGGGGACCGCCUCGAUUUAGGCCGAGCCGGCGGCACACUCUCUAGCCAACGUGCCCCUGCGCCGGGAAAGCUAUUUGUAGGGUUUACUAACAUCAGAAUUGGGAAGGCGGUUGCCCUUCUCGGGCAUAUCGACGGCAUUGUAGACGCAAUGAGGUCGACCGAGUACCUAAUGCACCGUGCCAUGGUGUCUACCAGUAUGAGGUUGCACGUGCUGCCCAACUGGGACAUUGAGAUUCUGGUGGACCUAGGUGGCGGUGACCAAGACGGUGUUCAGGAAGCGGGCUACGAUGUCCCGGCCGCCCUGGGCGAGUUUGGGCGAGCGACUGUCGAGAUACAACAAGUGCGUCAGAUGAGUAUAAAUGUAUCGAUUGGGGAUAGGGAGACGGCGAACCGCCUGCACCAUAACGUCUUUCCCCGCGGGAACAAUGGCCGAUUCUCCUUCCUUUCGUAA